GGUGUUUAUCCGCGUCUCGCUCGCACCGACCGCGUCGCGUUCCGCCUCUGAGGUGCACUCACUGUUCCUAUUAUUUUCGUGACGGGUAUUGCGCCGAAGCCGAUUCCCGCAUCCUCGCCCCGAGUCGAGACGCGAGGUCCGGUCUCGCGACGGAGGCGGCGGCAACGGCCGUUCGCAUCGCGCGCCCGCCAGUCCGCGCCCGAGGUCGAUCGCCGGUUCGCGCCUACCGAAUGUUUCCAUAACUCGACAACAAUCGUUGUUUCCUCAAAUAUGAAAAUGCGAAUCGUAAUGGCGUACACUAGCAAAUGUACUAUAAAAAGUAGAUCGCGGCGGGUGACAUUAUCAAGUUGAUUAGAUUGGUUCUUGUGAAGUUGGUGACAGCUGUUGGAUUGUGUUUUGGCAGGCCGAUGGUACACGUGAAUGUGAAUGUGGAUGCGGUGUGGAGUGGUUUCGGAAGAUGCAUUUCAAGGAGGCUUUUACGAUGAGCGAUCGUCCAAGCGAGCGGGGCCGCCGCAACUCCCGUUGCAAGGGCGCUGGCGUCAAGAUGGAGCACUUCCAGGCGGCGCUGGACCCUCGCAAACAGGAGCUUCUGGAGGCACGCUUCCUGGGCGCUAAGAUGUCAGCUGGGUCACAAAUUCAGAUGGCACCACAAACUACUGUCAACACGGGGCAGCCAGUUCACAGCCAAGACUCCAAUAUGAGCACAGGGUCGUCACACAGUGAUAAAGAAGUGGACACCCUGACUCCGGAGAAGUCUGGUGCCAUGCGAGGCUCCACCAUCGCUCCCGGGGGAGCCCUGGUGCCCCCUAGUGGGGCCACACCCACCAUAGCAAUGCCUGAAAGGAAAAGGAAACGGAAAGGUGAAGAAGGCGUCGGCGGCGGGGGAGGGGGCGGCGGCAAGCAGCGCCACAACUCCUCAGACAAGAACAUCCGGGAGUACUUCUCCAAGCACCCCGGCUCCAGCCCCGUGCGGCUCGCAGGGGCCAAGUCUCCGUCGCCGCAAGGCGCCAACUAUCCAAUGUACCCACCGUCACCGUCGUCGCUACCGCCGGCGGGGGCCGACUUCUUACGUUCCUCCAUGCAGCAGCGACCACACUCUUCUGUUAAACAGGUUCAAACAGAACUGACAUGUCAGAGGAUACAAGAGUUAGAAACUCAAGCGUCUUCAGACCUAGAAAUAAGAAAUAAUAGAAUAGAUGAAUUAACAAGGAAUAAUGAAGAACUGAAACAUCAAGUGCAAGCGCAAAGCAAGGUAAUAGAGCAGCACAAGUCGCACAUCAACAAGUGCAUAGACGUGGUGAAGAAGCUGCUGAACGAGAAGAGCACCAUAGAGAAGAAGGAGGCCCGGCAGCGCUGCAUGCAGAACCGGCUGCGGCUCGGCCAGUUCGUGACGCAGCGCGUCGGCGCCACGUUCCAGGAGAACUGGACCGACGGAUACGCCUUCCAGGAGCUAACCAGGCGGCAAGAAGAGAUCACGGCGGAAAAAGAAGAAAUAGACAGGCAGAAGAAGCUGCUCUUCAAGAAGCGGCCUUCCAACAACGAGGGCGGCGGGGGGCGCGGCAAGCGGGCCAACAGCGCCUCGGUGGCGGCCCCCGCGGCCCCCGCGACCCCCACCACCCCCGGCGCGCAGCCGCUGCACAACGGCACCGAGCCCCCCACCUUCCUCAAGCCGGACCCGCUGCCGAGCAUGACGUGGCAGGAGUAUUAUGAGGCUGAUGAGAUACUCAAGCUCCGACAGAGCGCGCUGAAGAAGGAGGACGCGGACCUGCAGCUGGAGAUGGAGAAGCUGGAGCGCGAGCGCAACCUGCACAUCCGCGAGCUGAAGCGCAUCCACAACGAGGACCAGAGCCGCUUCUCCGCGCACCCCGUGCUGUCUGACCGGUACCUACUUUUGAUGCUGCUGGGCAAGGGCGGCUUCAGCGAGGUGCACAAGGCGUUCGACCUGCGCGAGCAGCGCUACACCGCCUGCAAGGUGCACCAGCUCAACAAGGACUGGAAGGAGGAUAAGAAGGCCAAUUAUAUCAAACACGCGCUCCGGGAGUACAACAUCCACAAGGCGCUGGACCACCCGCGCAUCGUGAAGCUCUACGACGUGUUCGAGAUCGACGGCAACUCCUUCUGCACCGUGCUCGAGUACUGCAACGGGCACGACCUCGACUUCUAUUUGAAACAGCACAAGACGAUCCCGGAGCGCGAGGCGCGUUCCAUCGUGAUGCAGGUGGUGUCGGCCCUCAAGUACCUGAACGAGAUCAAGCCGCCGGUCAUCCACUACGACCUGAAGCCGGGCAACAUCUUGCUAACCGAGGGCAACGUCUGCGGCGAGAUCAAGAUCACGGACUUCGGCCUCUCGAAGGUCAUGGACGAGGAGAAUUAUAACCCAGAUCAUGGGAUGGAUCUCACCAGCCAGGGCGCUGGCACUUAUUGGUACCUACCCCCCGAGUGCUUCGUGGUCGGCAAGAACCCGCCAAAGAUCAGCAGCAAGGUGGACGUGUGGAGCGUGGGCGUUAUCUUCUACCAGUGCCUGUACGGCAAGAAGCCCUUCGGCCACAACCAGAGCCAGGCCACUAUACUGGAGGAGAACACUAUCCUGAAGGCCACGGAGGUGCAGUUCGCUAACAAGCCCACCGUCAGCAAUGAGGCUAAGAGCUUCAUCCGCGCGUGCCUGGCGUACCGCAAGGAGGAGCGCAUCGACGUGUUCGGGCUGGCGCGGCACGAGUACCUGCAGCCGCCCAUGCCCAAGCCGCGGGGCGCGGGCGCGGGCGUGGGCGCCGCCGCCGGGCCCGCCGCCGCCGCCGGCCCCGCGCACGCCUUCAGCGCCGCCAUGUUCGGCGCCGGCUCCUCGUCCUAGGAGCCGCCGCGCCGCCGCCGCCGCCCGCCGCCCCCCCCGCGCGCCCGCUAGCGGCCCGCGGCGCCCCCACAGUGCCACAUGGACACAGUUUUAUAAUACGUGUGACGUCACCACGCACCGCACAUCACAUCGGUACCGAACUCGUUCGAGUCUUGUAAUAGACGUACUUUUUAGUUUUGAACCUUUGUCAGUUUUAAUAAUCAGAGUUGUAAAAUGAGUAAAUAUCAUUUACAAAUUAAAAUUGUUUAAGAUUAUGCUUACUGUUGACUGUAUUUAUUGAGCGGGUGAUAAAAUGUGAUUCUCCAUUUAUGAAUGGGUUUAUCCUUUUAUCACUAGAGAGAAAUCCUUGGGAUUGCCCCUUGCAUAUUAUAUAAGUUAUCCCUAUUAAAAAAGUUGAAAAUUA